GUUAAAUUUCUGUAUUCAUCAUAUUGUACUUUGAGCUUAGUGGAUAAUGCCAUACAUCGAACUUAAGCAUACUGUCACCACACAUGCUUUUCUCUGCUUGUAUUGAGGAUGUAGAGAAAUUGGAUUCACUAUUCUUCCUAAGGCCACUGACAGAGAACAUAGACUGUGAUUAAGUCUGAGAAAGGAAGAAAGCACAGUGAUCAAGGCUGGGAACAUUUUAUUCAUAUCCUAAAAGAAAGAGUCGAGACACGCCUGGGAAACCAGAAGAGACUGCACUCUGCACACAUCUCUGACACCAGAGGAAAACACCAAACGCCAUCUGGAACCCUGGUGCACGGAGGCUCCCGGAAAUGGUGGCGCAGAUCUUCCUGUUUGCUGCCACUGCAGAGAGCUCGUAGGCAGCACCCUACCAGCAAACUUGAGCCUCGGGACCACAGGCCAUGUUUGUAGUUUGGAUUUUAAGAAAGCUCAGACAACUUGCCAUGGCAGUUCUGUUGCUCACUAGUGUGCUGGCAUUAAGGUUCCAACUAUAAGAUGGUAUUGAGAAAAUGUGUUACAAAACCAGGAAGAAAGUACAAACAUAUUUGAGGUAACUUAUUGUGAAAUAAUAUGGGAAUGGGGAGCAUGGUAUUGAGGUCAGUGUGUUUACAUUAACUGGAAUUGAAAUACAUUGAAAUAGUAAUCCAAAGGAUGUUUGAAGAUCCUUUGUCACAAUAUUAUGGCAAACUUAUAUUCUCUGUAUGCAUAAGGCUGGAACAUAAUAGAGAAUACUAUAGAGUUUUAGUUCAAACAUUCUGUAUUCAAAUCUCAAUUAUACCAACAGAGGGCUUUGUGUCAUGAGUUUUUCUUAUGUUGUUCUAUGCUGAGUUAGAUGACAACAGGGAAUAAACAAAUGUGCUUUGUAAUCAUUUGAGUCUUAGUGCAUAGAUUUUGUAGCACACUAUGGGCUACUGCUGAGGUUUCUUUCUUUGUUUCAUCUACCACAGGGUAAUCUCUCAACAUCCCAUGCAACUGUGAUUCUCAUAGUCUGAACGAAAUACUUUUAUGUAUUUAUUUUUUUAUUUACAUCUGAUGAUAGCAAGGACCUAUAGACUAUUGAAAGCAUGAGACUCUGGAAUCAUACAGGUGUGAAGGAAUUCAUACUAGUCGGAUUAACAGAAAACCUUAAUUGGCAAGUCGGGCUCUUUUUCCUUUUCAGCAUAGUUUAUUUUAUCAUUCUUGUCGCUAACUGGGGGAUGAUUCUUUUGAUCUGGUUGAAUGCCCAUCUUCAUACUCCAAUGUACUUCUUUCUUAGUAACCUCUCUUUUUGUGACAUCUGCUAUUCUACUGUCAUUGCUCCUAAAAUGCUCAUUAAUUUCCUGUCAGAAUACAAGUCUAGCACAUUCUUUGGUUGUGUUAUUCAGAGUUUCUUUUUUGCAGUGUAUAUAACUACAGAAGGUAUACUCUUGUCUAUGAUGGCUUAUGAUCGUUAUGUGGCAAUUGCAAACCCCUUAAUGUAUACAGUUAUUAUGACACACAGCAUCUGCAGUCAGAUGGUUCUUGUAUGUUACUUGGGUGGCCUUAUUAAUUCCCUGACUCACACAAUAGGUUUACUCAGACUGGACUUCUGUGGUCCCAACAUUGUAGACCAUUUCUUCUGUGACAUCCCUCCUCUUUUGAAGCUUUCAUGUUCUGAUGCACAGAUCAAUGAGAUGCUGCUUUUGUUCUUCUCUGGAGUGAUUGGUAUUUUCACUUUCAUCAUUGUCAUGGUGUCCUAUAUUCAAAUUAUCAUUGCCAUCCUGAGAAUCCGCUCAGCUGAGGGAAGGCGCAAAGCCUUCUCCACUUGUGCCUCACACCUAACAACUGUGACAUUACUUUAUGGUUCUGCGACAUUUAGCUAUAUCCAGCCAAGUUCUCAAUAUUCCAUGGAACAGGAAAAAGUCUCUGCUGUGUUUUACACCUUGGUCAUCCCCAUGCUGAACCCUCUAAUUUACAGCCUGAGGAACAAAGAUGUGAAAGAAGCAGUCAAGAGGUCAGUUUAUAGGGAGAGGAGUGGCCCUUGAAUAUGUCACUUCUCUGGCUUUGAAAGCUUGAUGUGAAUCUCCAAAGUGAUCUUUAAUAAAAGGCAGGUAGAAUUUUAGACCAAAAUAUUUUAGUUAUUUUUAUUUAUUAAAUAAUGCCUUGUCUCAGAGAAAAUAUAAAGUGUCUCUAAUUACAUAGUUUUCAUGGAUCUUUUACAUGGCUCUACAAAGUGUCCAUAAAAGAAGAAAUUUUAAUAGAAUGGUAAAUGACUAAACAAAAUGUAGCUGUGACUUAAAGUUUUAAAUAAACUCACUUAUAUGAAAUACCUGUUUUGUUACAGUUGCUCUGACUUAGAAACUUAAGUAAGGAGUUGCAAUUAGUGUUAUUAGAUAAGUAAGGAAUGAAGAGAUUUCUUCAUUAUAAUAAAAUGGAGAAGAUUGUCCAUUAAGUGGGAGUUUAUGUUAAACUGAACACAUGCCUGACACUGCUUAACUGGCCGAGAACCUGAGACUAGAUAGCUCAGGGGCUUGUGAAAAAAAUGUAAGUCUAAUCUACUAUAUAAAGCUACCAAAAAUGCCUUUUGAUGACAUUUUGCUAUACUUGUUGAUGAGUUACUUGUUCAUUCAUUAAUCAGAGAAGCUUCCUCCUGCAGUAGAUGGCAACCAAUGAAGAAACCAAUAGUCAGAUAAUAUGAAGAGGGUGAGAUACAUCUGAACACUGAGCCCUAAAGAGGGUGUCUACAUCAAAACCCUCUGUGAGGUCUCAGUGAAACUUGUUGAAGAGGAAGUAGAAAAAAAAGUGAGAGACAGAUGGACUUGAGGAUGGAUAUCAAAAAACAAUCCCUUCUAAAUCAACGUGAGAAACACACAGGUGAAAUCACAGAGUGUAAGACUGCAGACAUAGAAACCAUGGAAGUCUAUACUAGAAGGGGUCCUAUAGUUAAAAUGUUUAAAAAAAUGUGUAGACACAUGCUCCCAAUCCCAAUGGGAUGAAUUUAUGCCCUACAAAAUACAUAACCAAGUUUUAACUGAGCAAGGUAGGGCCAGAUUGGUAACUAUAUAACUGUAAUACUUCACUGUAGUGAUCCAGGAAAGACGGGACAUGUCCUUUGGAAGCAUGUAAGGAGCUAGGGUUUUUUAAAAUAAAGUUCCUAUGGAAAAGGAAACUGGGAACUGAUGGAAAUGGCCUUGGACCCUUCGAUUUUGCUUGGGAUUUUGGCAAAGGAUCCCACAGAAGUUCCACUGAUGGCUUUGGACAGGAAGCAGUUACCUUGGCCUUUCUAACAAAACUACAGCAGGGAUUUCCAGUCACCAUGGAGGGGUAGGAGCUCUGACUCCACAAUGCAUAGUGGCUCAGCAGGGAGCCUUAUGGUACUGUCCUUGGGGCCUCUGCAGUGUAAAAAGGAAAAAGAAAGAUCCUUUCAUCCACAUACUAAGGUAGACACUGUAAGACAGGUAUGCCACUGGAGCAGAUGAUAAGGUAGUGUCUGAGUCACAAGAGAAGAAGAUCUAAGUACUCCCGAGGAAGGAAUUUUCCUAAGUCUAGGUUCUUAGUAAAGAGACAGGUAACCUGGCCCGCAGGCAUUCAUUGAAUGAGCAAAGUAAGUACUCUAGGGAAACAGCAAGGAGAAAACCCGCCCACAUGCCUGGCCUGUUUCUUGCCCACCCCCAGGAAUGCAGGGGAGGUGUCUUCUCUGCCAUCCUGUUUGUUUCUAAAUAAAAGUUUUAAAGCUGUGUGGGAUGCAGGGAGGUGGGAGGGACACUAGGACUGGGCUGGACUUGAGAGUUCCACAGCAAGUCCACUGCUAUAGGGGUCAAGUAAACCAAGCAAACUUCCCUUCCCUAGUGGACUGGGGCCAAUCCCUUAGCAGUGCUCCAAACUGUAUCAGCAGUACGCUGGACUGUGUAUCCAUAGUCGGGUUCAAAAUUCUCACCACUGUGUCCAGGACAAACCCACGAAGACUCAGAAUCAGGAGAAUUAGUCACAGAACCUAGCUCUUUCUAGUGACAUCCUGAUUUCAAAACAGCAAGACAAACACCUGGCUUUUAGCUUUAAAAGAUAGAGCCACCAGGACAGGCAGAUGGAAACUUUGGACAGAAAAAAAAAUUGUGGGUGACCUACAAAGCAUUUCUUACUGAUCACAACAUGGCUACAUAUAAACUUUCCAGCACUAUCUCUGACCAAAUGAUCUUUUGUGAAGCGGGGGCGGGGACAGGAAGAGGGACAAUCAGUAACACCUGUCAGAAGUCAAAAUAGGUAGCCUUGUAAAGUCACAGUCAGGAGCUGAGACAUGAGGUCAAGCUGCUGCUCAGAUUAGCCUCACAGGUACUGUGCCCCUGCUUGGUGGAGAUCCAAGAGGAAGCCUCUAGGAAAGGCUGUGGCCCUCUGCAGUCCAUCAUAGCACCUGCAUCUGGCAAGUAAAAGGCUAGUCUUCUGGAUGGUUUGGGGCUAGGAUGUAUUAGUCUUGAAAGGUAACCCCUCUGUUCUGCUACAUAUCUUUUGGGACCACAGAAUGUCACCUUCCCUCAUCCAUCUCCACAUCUAACAUCCCUCACUGGGGUUGCCAGGGUGCGGUAUUUUGUACCUAGAGGCUGCAUUCUGGUGAAUUCCUGUACCUGACCCAUUGCUGGCCUUCGAACAAGGUUGUGAUGGUAUGGCCUAGAAAUAGGGAGUCUUUGCAUAUCAGGUCCUGUGAGAAGGGGGCAUGGCAGGACACAGUUAGAGCACCUCCAAGACCUCACUCCCUUUGAGGGCAUCACUGUCCAUCCCUACAUAGCAGCCAUCAAGAGAGAAUGGAAGGCCUUCUUUGGAAAGGGCUAUUUUCUGUAAGGCUGUAGGAUUCAGUAGGCAUCUGGGGAACAGACAGUGGCCCCGUAAUAUAUGUGAUACAAAGAGGUACUUUCUCAAUUGGGAUAAAAGCUAAGCUCCAGCCCCUUGAUGGCUAAAGUCCAGAGUUCCUCUUAGAGAACUCUCCCUUCACCCAGGUACUUUCAUUUUGGAAGCUUUGCUUCCCAUCCCGAAAAUUAAGAUUUAAAUUUUCAGUAUUAUUUUUGGGCACCCAAUUGGUUCCUCAGUCAAACUGAAACCCGAAAAUACGGCCAUAAACUGCAAAACCUCAAAUAUCUUGUAACAGACCUGGUCUGGGAAGACAGUGCAUCUUAGAAAGCAUUGCUUGUUUAUGAUGAAAUGGGAACUUAAUGAGAAGACACUGGGGAUGAAUCUAGUCAUGUUUCUUCCUUCCUUCCACACCUUGAUGAGAUGAACUGAAGACACAGAUGAUGUGUGUUUGUGCAGGGGAGGGGCAUGAGAGUGAAAGAUCCCCGAAGAGAGACCCUUACUCAAGUCUUGGGAAAUCGCCGACCCCAGAUCCAGAAAAACCAUUUUGGAUGUAAUAAGCAAAGGCGAGGUUUAUUACUAAGACCUAUUACAGAGAUCUCCAGGCUGACACUUAUCCCAUGCAGGAGACAGAGGAGUAGAUCUGGAAACUCAAAAGUCAGGGGUUUAUAUAGUGAAAGCUAGGGGGUUUGGCGCGGUUACACACAAUUGGCUAAUUUCUGACGUGCCUAUAUGUGAUUGGCUCAUUCAAACAUGGCAGUGAGAUUACAGCACAGCAGAAGAGUAUGUGCUGACUGGGGCGUUCAGGAUUUUAGAAGCCUGGGCUGGUUCUUGUAUUCCUUUUUUUUUUUUUUUUUUUUAAUCUUUAUGGCCUAUCAGUCUUGACUGUAGGGCGGGCCCCGCCCUGCCUGGACUUGUCUGGGCUUGUUUUUUAUAGUUUUUGGCUCUGAGUCUGUGGAUUUUAUAACUUACUCUUUAUAUUUUAUAUUUUAAACCUUAAAUCUGUAUAAUUUUCUCUUCAUUCCCCUUUUCUUCUACUAAGUAAUUCUAAUCUUAGAAUUUGAUAUCAAGUCUCAUAUUUGGUCUCACCAGUUGUCCUAACUGACUGGUACUGUUGUCUCAGAACCAUCAACCGCACAGCACCCACUGGAUGUUUCACGCAGGGACCAAAAACUAAAACCAAGAAAAUUAUUAGUAAUGGCCCAGCCAUAGCAGAGAGUAGGGUAGUCAUCCAGGGAGACCAAGUGAACCAAGAUUCAAACCAACCAUGUUGAGCGUCUCUAUCUUUUUGUAGGAGUCAAGCCUAUUAGCUAGUUUCUUUAACACACAUGGACCUAUAAUCAGAAGCAGAAGCAAAACUAAGAAGGGUCCCAUAAGGGAAGAUAUCAGAGUAGUCAUCAAGGAGAUCUACUAAACCAGCUCUCGAACCACCCCGGUUGCGCUUUUCUGUCUGUCUUUUGUCUAACCUUUCUCUAAGUUUAUUCAUGGAGUCUUUAAUUACUCCUGAAUGGUCUGUAUAGAAGCAACAUUCUUCUUUUAGUGUAGCACACAGACUCCUUCUUUAAGGAAUAUCAGGUCUAAACUUCUCUUAUUCUGAAGGACUACCUCUGAGAGGGAAGUUAGGUAUUCUUGGAGGUCAGCUAAAAAGUCUUUCACUCUUUUUAUAUCUGAGUCAAUGGCAGUUCUGAAUUCUCUAUAAGCCUUGUAUUGUAGGGCAACAGCAGAUGUCCUUGUGGUGCCCUUGCAGCACCUAGAUAGACUUAAAUAAUUUUUAACUCUUUUUUUUUGUCUUACUAAGUCUUUAGCAUCAGGAUUCUAAUCUGGACACUAUCUAAACCUACACACCAAGGUCAUGACUAGCUUUUAGAACUUCUGAGGCACAGUCCCAAGAAGUGUUAGGAGUACUAAAUAUGUAAUGUUACAUCAUUUGUAAUAGAAAUCAAGCCUAUCCCCACACCUAUCUCCAUAGAACCCAGGCCAAACAUGAAAUUAAGUCUAGGGAGCUUUUUGAAGAUCUGAGUUUCUCUCUAGUUCCCAGCUCUCAGCCCCAAAAGCUAGUACACGGCUGGCCAGGGUUGAGAAUUGAUGGCUGUCAGUGUGGUCAGCAGCACCAGGUACGGUCCUUUUCAGCGAGGCUUGAGUGUAUGGGCUCCGUGUUAUAUGUAGCUGUAGUCUCUGACCUGGAACUGAUGAGAUGUCUCGAGGGUCCCUGGGGUAUAGGCUGCUGCCAGCUGUGACCAGACUUCUUUCCAUAUCACCUGUAGGUCUUUUAGCCUGGCAUACAAAUCAUUAUUACUAUGACAUGUUGGUUCAAUAACAUCAUCUAAUACAGCUGAGGCCCCAUAUAAGAUCUCAAAGGGGGUAAGGCUGAAUCCUGAAGGGAUAUUUCUUGCCCUAAAGAGAGCAAGAGGGAAGGAGUGCCACCCAGCCUGCGCCAGUCUCCAUGGUCAAUUUGGUCAGGGUCUCUUUCAGAAUUUUAUUUGUUUACUCUACCUGUCCUGAACUUUGAGGUCUGUAGAUACAAUGUAAUUUCCAAUCGACCUCUAAAUACUUGG